UGAAUUCUUCAGAAAAAAAUUUUAAAAAGAAAAAAAGCAGUUAGAACUUGGAAAACGAAAAAAAAAAAAAAGAAAAAAAAGAAAAGAUGGAUGGUCCAUGUUCUGGGUCGUCUUCCUCUUUGCCCAAAAACAGUGAGCUUUCUACGGAGCAAUUGAGGUUUCUGGACCAACAUUUCAAAGCCCCAGAGGAUCUUUUUCACGGUGCUUCUCAUCAUCUCCUCACAACACUCCUCAGAGACUGCUCUAAUUUGGAAACUCACAUCCUUCACCUCCACACAUCUCUCGCCAGACGCACCGUUUCAUGGAUUUCUCGCUCUUUUGCAGCCAAAAAUUCCCUCCACAAUCUCAACCUCGACCUUCAGAAUCUCAGCCUCCUCACCACCCAACAUGGGAUUGGUUCGAAGAAAUUCCGUAGAGUUUUGGGUGUUGAGCUGCCUCAGCUUGCUAAGGAAGUGCUACGAAUUGAGGCUAUUCGGAGCUAUGUUGAGACUACUCUACAAUUAGAAGCUUUGGUUGGAGAUCUAGAAGAUGCUGUUUUCUGUUUUAUGAAUUGCCACACUGGGAACAUGUUCUCAGCAAAGCUUUCAAAUUCCUCAAUGUCUACUGAUUUUGGAACCAAACAUGAAUUGUUGCUUCAAGCUAUAAAGGCAAUGAAUGAUAUUGAAGACGUAUUGGUUGAUCUUAUGAGACUCCAACCUCGGUGGUGUCAUCUUUUAAGAUCUGUAGAAGUUAGAGUAGACAAAACUUUAACGAUUCUUCGGCCGCAAGUCUCUGCAGAUCACCGAGCUCUUCUCUUUUCUCUUGGAUGGCCACCAAAACUUUCAACUUCAAAAGUAGAAAGUGGACAAGUUUCGGAUAUACCAAAUCCAUUAUCUUUAAUGCAAGGUGAAAAGAGAAAAAGUUAUUCACUUAGUUUUAUAGCUCUUUGUGCUUUACAGCAUGUGCAGACACGGAGGGAACUACGACAGCUUAAUCUUUUGGGACAAAAGAAGUGCAAAAUUCAGCUUUGGGCCAUAGAUGAACUGGUUUCUCCUAUUGCUUCGAGGAUGGAUUACCACUUUUCUAAAUGGGUUGAUCGUCCUGAAUUUAUUUUUGCUCUUACAUACAAAAUUACAAGAGAUUUUAUUGCAGGAAUAGAUGAUGUAUUACAACCCCUGAUAGAUAGAGCAAGAUUGGUUAGUUAUAGUGCUAAAGAAGCUUGGGUUUCUGCGAUGGUCCAAGUGCUUUCUGGUUUUUUGGCAUCACGAAUUUUACGUACUCUGGCUGAAAAGUACAAUGACAAACAGAUGAAAUCUGAAGUUAUGCCAUCAUGGCUUCAUGUGAUAGACCUAAUUCUUACCUUUGAUAAGCAGAUGCACUCUCUUGUAAGUUUGGAAACAGGUCACUUUUUGACAGAUUCUGAAAGAACAGAAGGUCUUUCGAGAGGCAUUUCAGUGUUAACAAUUUUUUGCGAUAGGUCCGAUUGGCUUAAGAUUUGGGCAAAGAUAGAGCUCAAAAAUGCCUGGAAGAAACUCAAAACAGAGCUAAAAGAUGAAAGAGCUUGGACAGUGGACGACAAAUAUCAUACAGGAGUGGACUUGGUUUCAGAAUCUGAACAUUAUUUUCUCUCUACUAGAGAAGACCAUAGAGCUCCAACCAUUGCAGAAUUUUCCCUCAAGAUUGCCUGGGAAAUGAUUGAGCGAUCUCAAAAUAUUCCAGCCAUUUUACCGCGUCAACAAUUUAUUAGAUCAACUGCAGUCAAAUUCUUGUGGUACUUUUUUAAAGUAUUGCUUCUGCAGUGCAAAGGAAUUGAAUUUUCUGUGCACGAUCCUGAUGAUACAGACUUGAGUAGAGUGUGUGUGUUAAUUAAUGCUGCCAGAUAUAUAAAAUCAAGACUUCAAUUGUGGAGUGAUGAUGUGAACUUUUUGGAGAUGAAAGUUGCUGAAGAAGAUUGCAGCAGCCGUAGGAAAGAAGGUAGUAUUGAUGAUAGUUGCUUUUUCGGGGAAGAAAUAAGAAGUUUGUCGGAGAUAGAAACUAAUUGGUUAAUGGAGAUAAUUGCCGUUCUUCUUCGUGAAUUCGAAACUCUUUCAUGUGAAUAUUUACAGAAAGAGAGACAUCUAGAGCAGGAGCAGGAACAAAUAUCAGCAGCCAUGGACCUUUCCAUUUCUGUAGAUUUUGUUGAAGCAUUGGAUGCUUUAAGAGGUCAUCUCCAUGCCUUGAGAAAGGUUCUCAAUCAACAUGACUUCUUGGAUUUGUGGAGAAGUGUUGCAGAAGGGCUUGACCAUUACAUUUCUUGCAGUGCUACCAUUAAAGGCAUUCCACCUGAUUACAAGUGGACUAAUCAAAUUGAAACAGAUAUGCAGGCAUUGUUCUAUGUUUUUCAGCCUUUCUGUGUUAGGCCUGAAGCAUUUUUCCCUUGUAUUAGACAGAAUCUGAAGUUGUUAAAAAUGAACAAGGAAAAAGGUAAAGCAUUUGAAUUUCGAAAGUGAAAGUUUAAUAAGACAGUCAUUAUAUUUUUCCU